AUGAGAAAUUUGGAGGUGCAAAUGGGCCAAAUUGCUCAACAAUUAGCAAAACCUACUCAAUUAUUCCCAAGUGACACCAUCCCAAACUCCAAAGAAGAAUGUAAAGCCAUUAGUUUGAGAAGUGAAAAAAUGUUGGAAAAAGAAGAAGAAGAAGAGACUCACACUGCUAAGCUAAGAAAAGAAGCUCUAGAGGGUAACAAAAUGCAAGAAGAAUACGUAACCCCAUUCUUCAAGAAGAUACAAAUAAAUAUUCCCUUUGCUGAAGCUCUUGAACAAGUACCCUUGUAUGCAAAGUUUAUUAAAGAGUUGAUUUCUAAGAAAAGAAAUUGGAGGGAGAAUGAAACUGUGGUACUUACAAAGGAGUAUAGUGCCAUAAUUCAAAAGAACUUCCUUGAGAAAUUAAAUGAUCCAGGAAGCUUUGUGAUUCCCUGCAUCAUUGGAAAGGUAACUGUUGAAAGAGCUUUGUGUGACAUUGGAGUUAGCAUCAACCUCAUGUCAUUAUCCUUAAUGCGCAAGCAACAAAUUGAAGAGGUAAAAUCCACCAAAAAAUUUUUACAACUUGCUGACCGUUCUCUUAAAUUUUCUUUAGGUGUUGUUGAGAAUUUACUGGUGAAGGUGGGGACGUUCAUAUUCCCUGCAGAUUUUGUCAUCUUGGAUAUGGAGGAGGAUGUCAAUGCUUCUAUUAUAUUGAGAAGACCUUUCCUUGCUAUAGGGAGAGCCUUAAUUGAUGUUCAAAAAGGUGAAUUAACAUUGAAGGUGAAUGAUGAACAAAUUGUGCUCAAUGUAUUUAAAGCCCUACAACAUCCUAACGAUUAUGCGGAUUGCAUGAAAAUUGAUAUCAUUGAUCCAUUGGUGCAAGAGGCAUUAGAAGAAGAAGAUCUUAAUGAGUCACUUGAGUCCUCUAUUGAAGUUGAAGUGGGUGAAAUUAAAGAUUGCACACCACCCAAGGAAGCAUAA